CGUUGAACUCGCCCUCGACCCGGCCGAGCCAACUCGUUCGCCCCGCAUUCUCCUGUGGGUUUCGCUCUCCUUCCCCAUCGAACUCGGACGCCCCCGCCUCGCCUUCUCCCACAGAUGGGUUGCUCCUCCUCUCUUCCAGGUCCCUUCAUCCCCUCCCUUUCUCUUCUCUUCGGGGGUUUGAUCUAUCCCUCUACGAUUUUCGCCCUUUCCUCUUUUCUCUGUUCCUUCGCUUAUUAAUGCGGUAGGCUUUUCUGUCACCGAGAAGUCGGAGUGAGCUUGAAUUAAUUGCCAUGUGAAUACCUAAAUACGGAUCGCGCUUUUCGGAUUGGGGUGUUUUGAUUCUGCAGCGAGGCUGUGAUGAUGUUCAAGCGUGGCCGAAACACCAAAAGUCUGGGUAGUUUGAAUGUCGAAAACUCGAUGGCUACUGACCCCAAAAACUUGCGCGUGAAGUUGGUACUGUUAGGUGAUUCUGGUGUGGGUAAAAGCUGCAUAGUCCUCCGGUUUGUUCGUGGCCAAUUUGACUCUAACUCAAAGGUAACUGUUGGUGCAUCCUUCUUAUCACAAACACUAGCGCUACAAGAUUCUACAAUGGUGAAGUUUGAAAUAUGGGACACGGCUGGCCAAGAAAGGUAUGCCUCGUUGGCCCCUCUUUACUACCGUGGAGCUGCCGUUGCUGUUGUGGUAUAUGAUAUAACGAGCGAAGAAACAUUCAGAAAGGCAAAAUAUUGGGUCAAGGAACUUCAGAAGCACGCAAGUCCUGGUAUUGUCAUGGCAUUGGUAGGCAACAAGGCUGAUUUGGAAGAAAAUAGAGCUCUAUCAUCCGAGGAUGCCAUGGAGUAUGCAGAGGGGAAUGGCAUGUUCUUCAUCGAGACAUCGGCAAAGACAUCAAAUAAUAUCAAUGAACUUUUUCAGGAGAUUGCUAAGAGGCUUCCUCGGACAUCUUAACUGUGAGAUUUGCCAGUGUCGAUAUUGAUUCGUCUUGAUUUGUUAAGAGGCUUCCUCAAACACAAGAUUUGGCUUUCUAUAUGAGAAAUCAUUGUAUGAUUUUUUUUUUUUUUUAUGUGGGACAAUGAAAUGGAAAGAUUGAAAAAUAAGAUCAUUUUUUUUUCUCGUGAUUUUCGCUUAAUGUAGAAAAAAAUUAUGUAGAUAAUUUAGACGAUAAUUGUUGUUUAUGUUUACAUUUGGGAAAUCUUCCCAAGUAAGCCA